UUGUUUACUGGCCACAGAGGCUUUGGUAUAAAGCUUCUUACGUAUGCCAGUCAUGGCUUAAUCUUACCUUGAACUUGGGCGCGCUUGCAACGAAUCUUUCUUUCCACCAGCUAACAAGCGCAGACACCAGCAUUGCAGAUGAGUUGCUGUUAUUGUUUUUCGAAAUAAAAAAUUAAUUGUUGAAAAGUAAAAAACGAGAAAAAUCAAGUUAGUCAUAUGUGCCGGUGAAAUUCAAAUUGUUGUUUGAUCGGUUUUACCGUUUUUUAAUUUUUUAUUCGAGCGCUACAGUUUUGUGCAUAAUUUAUCAGUGGACAUGUGUGCGCGAAAGCGCCUUGCACAACGCUUUGAUGGCAUAGUAGUUGCAAAGUGUCUUAUAUAAAAAGUGUGUGUGUGUUUCGUGCGCGCCUGCGCAUUAAGAAUACCUGACGAGUGUCAAACGAGUGUCACAUGGAAGGCGGUCAAGACAUUAAAACGCGUAAAACCGCCAAAUUGACCUAAAACUUACAUCAAUAAAGUUGUUGUUUUUUUUCAAUUUGCAUAAAAGCCUACAAAUUCUAGCUCGUACAACAUGCCGCAUUUGUCGGCAUCUCUUUGUGUACUACCAUAAAUACAAACAAAACAUUUGCUAGACAAAAAGAAUAAUUAAAAAAUAAUUUUAUAUCCAUGCUUAUAAUAAAUAACGGUAUCGUUGCGCAUAAUUUGUAAACGUUGAGAGCAACAAAGUGCGGCCCAUCAAUUACUGUAAUCAAACGCCCAGGCGGAGACCUAAUAUUUCACAAUAAAUUGAUUGCUGUGUCAAUUGUCAACAAGCAUUGACAUUACAGCAGCAACAACAACCAGCCAGUGUCUGAAACCGUAGAAAAUUAUUAGCUUGGCAGCAUAAAUCCCCAAUGGAUUGGUCAGGGCCGAAUUAUGUGUUAGUGUUGCUUGCACUUAUACACACACUAACACCGUUACCGUUCGCGCACAGCUGGAGUGCAACAACAACGAGCGGCACGCCAGUUGGCGUUGGUUCAGCAACCGAUGGUGUUGGUGUCGGUGUAGGCGCAGCCAAAGCACGGAGCAUAAAUGAAGUUUCGCCAUAUAUAGAUUUAGUGCUAUGUCCAAUGAGAGAACAGCCAUGGAGCUGUGCGCGGCAACAAUCUGGACGCAUAUUGGAUUUGUGGGAUGGUGAAUUGCAUAUGCAGUGGCAGAAAUUGAAAGUGGAAGCAGACCGGCAAUUGAAUGCGACACUUGAAAAGCGUGGCUAUAGUGCCAGUGAAGGCCCCACCAAAGAGAAGCCUUCCACGAUAUUAAAGAAGAUCGAAAUUGGUACUGGUUAUAUGAAGAAAUAUUUGGCCGAAACUAUGGAUGGCUUUCUGGGCCGCGAGUACGACUAUGUGCAGCCGGAUACCAAGCAGAACUUCGUCAAUAAUGAUAACGAAACAGAAGAUGACGAGGAAGAAGAAGAUAGCGAGAAUGGCGAUGAAGAUGAAGAAGAAGGAGAGGAGGACGAUGAUGGCGAAGCAGGGCCGUCGCAGAAUGACGAAGAUUAUGUAGAUCGCGAUGGCAAUGCUAACCAGCAACAUACAGUCAACUUCUUCCAAGGUCGGCCAGUGGGCGUGCACAGCCAACUGGAUCAUAUUGAUGUAGCGCCACUAACUGACACAGCGCCCGGCGUGGCUAAUCAUGACUCCUCAGACGGCGUCGAAUUUAUAGAAAUCGAAGAUAGUGAAGACGCGCCACCGGGUCAACUAAAGGGCGGCGGCGGCGGUGGUAAAAAGAAACGCAAAAAUAAGAGAAAAAAGAAACCAGAAACUCUCUUAGUCGUACAACCAGCCGAAUUGCAAUUGCAUGGGCAUGGUGGUCAUCACGAUGAUGCCGUUGAAUGGGUGCCAGUGUCACAAGGUCAUAGCAAACCAUCGAAGAAGCAAAAACGAAAGAAGAAGAAGAAGCAUCAACAUGCUGAUGACAGCGUGUCGGUUGUGGUUGAGCAAGAGCCCUCGGAUCAUUUGGGCUUGGGUCUGCUGGAGGAAUUGGUGGAUGCCGUCGAUGUUACAGAUGUGGAUGGUGGACACAAGCGCAAACACAAGAAACCGAUAAAAUAUGGUAGAAGCGUUGGAGUGACACGUGGCAAGAAGAAGAAGAAGAAGAAGGCGAUCGCUAAACUGGUGUUGUUGGGCUCUUUUCUUAAGGCGAAGAUUGAGUUGCUUUUGAAGAUUUUGGGUGCUCAUUUGCAAAUUAAAUUCUUUGCCAUCGCCUUGAUUGGUCUGCUGAUAAAUAUUGCACGAUUCUGGAUCGACGUUAAACGUGGUGGGGCGCCACAAAAGGUUGUCUAUGUUGAACAUGCACACCAUCAGCACCACUACGACGAGCAUGGCGAUGACUGGGGCGGCGAGUCGGGCGGCAGCUACUGGAAGCGUUCUCUACAAACCGAUCCCACACUGGAAGAAGCAGCGACCGACAGCUACCAGCCGGUGGGACAACAUCAGGAUCCACACUAUAAGGCAUACCAUGGGCAAUGGCAGUAAGCGGUUCUUCGGUAGAGUAGCGAAAAGAUUUAAGUCGCUGAGAUUGUAAACGCAAAUUCGAUAUUUUGUGUUCAAAUAUGCACUAGCAUAAUUUAAUUUAAUGUAAUUUAUUGUUGAGUAAUGUUUUGUUGUACAAAAUUUCACACAAUUUGCAAGCACCUUUCGUUUAAGAAUCGCUGUGGAUGCGUGCAAAUUGUUUUUCCGGAUGUUGUAUUCACAGUUAUGUUUAAUAAAAAAUAGAAAUAGAAACGGAAAUACAUGAAUGUUGCCAGAAACCGUAGAUUUACGUUAAAAUUAGUGGUUUAGAUAAAAUUUUAGAAAAUAAAUAUUUGAUCGGUUCAAAAUUGUUAAGUUUGGCUUGUUUGAAGCGUAAAAUUUAUUUUAAUUGUAUUUAUUUAUUUUUUGUAUUUUUACGGCUAUGCAAAUCGAUAUUUGAUUACAGCAACUUGAAAUAUGACUUAAAAACAUUUUUUUUUAUUUAUUAUUUAUUUUGUUGCAAUUUGUGUAAUGAAUUUGCUUAUAUACCAAUCUACAAGAGGCAUUGCAGAAGCGUGUAUAAGACACUUUAUGUUCGUAGGCUACAAUUAUUUAUUUCUUGUGUAUUUAUUUAUUUGUACAAUAAAAUGUGUCGAAUUUAAGUUUGUAUAAAAAUAAAAUGUUCUACUCCAGUAUUACUGCUUACUUUAAUGAAAGCAGAGCAAAUUAGUUCCAAGAUAUGUUUUUGUAGGUAUGACACCUUUGUAUCUUCAUAAAUCACAAGUCAUCAGUGUAAGCGUGGUCGAAGUCAAGAUAAUCUUUUUGAACAUUGAGCUUAAUAGUUUCUUUAUCUGCUGAUAUAUAAGUAUUUUUUCAACAAAUAAAUAUG